AGGUCACGCGUGUUUUUGACAGCACGAGCUUCGGCGUGCUAGAUGACAAAACGAAGGGAGAAAAAGCAAAAAGACAAGAAUAGCGACUUUAAAUAGUUACAAUUUCAGAAUAAAAAAGGCACUUGAUUUAACAAUGCGGCGCCUUUUUCAGUAAAACCAGUUACAAACAGGAACCCUUGCAGUUGAUUUACUUUAUGGUGCCAUCUUCCUCUAUUUUGCGCUAUGUUUAGAAGUAUUGUUAGACUUAAAACCCAAUUUAGGGGUGUUGUUUGUAAAGUGUGCCCAAAGCCUCAGCACUCCAGGUGUACGCUGAAAUACUCCACCGCCUCGUCAGUAGAGAGGAAGAAGUUUUAUCAAGAUGUCAGCAUAUCCCAAGGAGAAGAUGGCUUGUAUGAGAUAAACCUCGACCGCAGGAAACUGAAAACUCCAGGUGGGAAGCUGUUCACAGUGCCCAAUGAAGCCCUGGCCAUCGCCGUGGCAACAGAGUGGGAUGCUCAAAGGGACACGCUCAAGUUCUACACGAUGCAUCUGACCACCCUGUGCAACACCGCUCUGGAUAAUCCCACUCAGCGCGACAAGGACCAAAUGAUUAAAGCUUCUCUGAAGUUUCUGGAAACAGACACCAUUUGUUACAGAGUAGAAGAGCCUCCUGGUUUGGUCGAGCUCCAGAAGAACGAGUGGGACCCUGUGCUGCACUGGAUUGAAAACAGAUACAACGUCAUUAUUGGGUCUUCAUUCAGCAUUUUGGGUCCUGAGAUCCCAGAGGCAACCAAAGACACAUUCAGGCAGCAUCUCAGUUCAUACAACCUCUGGUCCCUGACAGGACUUGAGUUUGUGAUCACCCAGCUGAAGUCUGUGGUGCUGUCACUGGGGAUGAUCGACAGACACCUGAGCGUGGAGCAGGCUGUGCUGCUUUCCAGACUGGAGGAGGAAUACCAGAUUCAACGUUGGGGAAACGUGGAAUGGGCCCAUGACUACGACAUGUACGAGCUGAGAGCACGUACUGCAGCUGGGGCUCUGUUUGUUCAGCUCUCAUCUGAGAGUGCAACCGUCAAACGUAAACUCAUGCAAGACUGACAUGGAGUGGGA